AUGCAUGGUGCCGAUAUUCCCAGCGGGAGUAGCUGGAGCAGGAGCGGCAGCGCCGGACUCAGCCCCAGCCCCGGAGCGGCUCCUGCCGCCCGCAGUGAUCCAGCCCUGCUCAUUCGGCCCGGGGGUGUGGGUACCGAGGAGGGGGAGGCGGGCGCUGCCUGGUCCGGAGGGCGCGGUGGCCUCGGGGGUGCCGGGGCAGGGGCGGCUCUGCGCAGAGCUGGGACCGGAGUACUCCGGGGCUGCGGAGCCUCCCCGCCUGCCCGCCAGGGGGCACUGCGCUCGCCGUUCCUGCACGCCAGGGGACGGGCGGCACUGACAAGGCGGCGGCGGCGGGGCCAGGCCCGGGCCCGGCACCUGCGGUCCCCGCGCCCUGCCCACUUCCUGCUUUGGCGAGCCACCGCCCUUCUCCCAGCACCGGCACGGCACUGGCACAGCCCCAUCUCCCUGUGGCAGCAGCGGGACUGCGCCCGGAACCCCGGAGGGACCCCUAUCACGAACCAGCGGAAGCAGGAGUGGCAGUGCCGGGCUCAACCCCAGAGCCCAUCCUGGAGCAGCUCCUCCCGCCUGCGGCGAUCCCAGUCCUCAUCCCAGCUCAAAUCCCGCAUCCUGCCCGCCGAAGGGGAAGCGGCUCCGCCCGGGACCCCCGGGGGACACCGUCGGGACCCGGACGCGGCUCUCCGGGGCCGGAUCCUGGGGUCGGCCCCAUCUCAGCACCUCGGGCUCCGCACAGUGCUCCGAGCAACGAUCCGGCCGCACCCUGGGCUGAGAUACACUGCGCUAAGAGGAGCAGCCGCGGACCCGCCGGAAUUUCUGGGUGGGGCGGGGCCGGCUCAGUGGCAUUUAUGGCUGAGCAGUUCAGAACAAGGCUUGAGCAGACAGGACUGGAGAAUCAACACCAAGCAACAACCCCUGUGCUUGGCAGGGGCCUGGAGCAUCCCAGUCUAGACUCUGGGCUUCAAGUACUUGCUUCUACUGCAGUUAAUCUGGCAUGGGAACUGGUAAAUCACAAACCAGACAAGGAGACACUUCCUGAAACAAAUAAAAUCCAGCUGCAGCUAAGCCCAUGGCCAUGUUUAAAAACCCUUCAGCAUAAAAACCCUUGGAAAAGCAAAGGUGAUGCCUGGUGACCUGGAGCUCCAGGGGACUGAGGGGAAUGUGGGCAACAAGCCAGCAAACAGCUUUUACUGCUUCUCACUGCAGCAAUGGCAGCUCCAUUGGAAUUUCACACUCAGCAUCUCUUCCAUGCUCAACAAGCCAACAAAAGGCACUCCAAAAUUCAGACUUUUCUAGUGCUGAGCUUUACAUGAUCCUUUGGGCAGAAGGAAUCUUCGAGACUGUCCCACACCUUAACAUCCCACUUGCUCUUUUUGGCACAGUGGACCAGUUCACUAUCCCUUCCUUCUGAAAGGAUCUUUCUGAAGCCAGAACAUACCCAGCUUUGCUUUCCCCUUAAAUACUCUUUUCCCUGCACAAGUAAGACUGUUCCAGUGCUUGGCAAGUAACAGCUGAAGAAUCCAAGCCAAGAGCCUGCCUGGGAUGAAGGAAUGUGCAUGCCCACAGGAAGAGCAUCCCAAACCUCUCACUGCUGACCGUUCGCUUCUAACCAUGGCUCCAAUGGCACCAGAACUGUCCCUGCAGGCAGAAACGCAGCCUUGGGAACACCAUGAGCUGUCUCCAAUGUACCACUGGGCUCGGAGAAGCAGUGAACAAACCAGCAGCUCACAGGGAAAUCAGGGGCACCUCCUGAGCCAACAGCAGCUGGGAGAAAGGCAUGGACGCAGCAUCUCACCAAAACUAUGGCAAAAGAAAUGCCAACAACUCAAGAAUCACUGCAGUGUUGAUUUACUGAAACAAAAGUGUUAUAAAUGCAAAGGCAAAAUCGAGGUUAAAUAAAAAGAGUAAUUUAUUAUAACACAAUUUCAAUAAAGAACAAAUGACGGAAAAAAAACACAAUAAAAUAGGCAGC